CAUUUGUGGAAGUGGGAGGGGGAGCCUGGGAGGCUUUAAUGAGCCCACACUGGGCUGUCAUCAUCGGGUGUCAUGUCGGAUGCGCUGUGGCUGCGAGAGGGCGAAACAAAAUGGCGGAGGUGGCGGAUUGAAAGGUUUCUGUGAAGACCUGGAGAUGAUUGCACUACCCAGAAAGAGAGGCCCAUUGAACUGUGGAGAUGUCCUCCGUCUGGUAUAACAGAUAUGUUCCAACUUUGCAUACUGGUUGAUUAAGGAUUUGGGUAAAAAUGUUCGUAUCAUCCCUGUUUUCCUGGUGUUCUCAGGAUGGAACCUUAAGUUGGUGCUUCAGGGCCUGAAGAGAAGUCUUUUCUUCUUGUGGUGAAUACUUCCUGGAAGCAUCACUAAUAGGAUUAGAGAGGAACUCUAUGGGUAACACUUACUUUUGGAAAAUUAUUGGUCAGCCAUGGUAAAACUUGCCAACCCACUUUACACGGAGUGGAUUCUUGAAGCGAUACAAAAAAUUAAAAGGCAAAAACAGAGGCCAUCUGAAGAGAGAAUUUGUCAUGCUGUCUGUUCUUCACACGGAUUAGAUAAGAAAACUGUUUCUGAACAGCUGGAGCUAAGUGUCCAGGAUGGUUCUAUUCUCAAAGUUGCCAACAAAGGCCUUGCUUCCUACAAGGACCCAGAUAAUCCUGGACGUUUUUCAUCUGUCAAGCCGAGUGACCUUCCUAAAGGAUCUAAGGGCGCUUGUAAUGAGCUUCGGAAUGUGGAUUGGAAUAAGCUUCUGCGGAGAGGAAUUGAAGGACUCAAGGAACCAAAUGGCUCUUCCCUGAGAAACAUAGAAAAAUACCUGAGAAAUCAACAUGACCUUACAAGUAUUUUCAAUAAUCCUGUAUUUCAGCGGAGAUUACGCUUGGGGGCCAAACGUGCAGUAAAUAAUGGGAGGCUGUUGAAAGAAGGACCUCAGUAUAGAGUAAACUAUGGAAGCCUGGAAGGCAAAGGAACAUCCAACUAUGGUUCAUUUCCAAUGUCCCUUCCACCAGUCUGUCUUUUGCCUCAUGAAAAAGACCAGCCACGAGCUGAUCCCAUUCCAAUAUGUAGUUUCUGUUUGGGGACGAAAGAAUCUAACCGUGAGAAGAAGCCAGAAGAACUCCUCUCCUGUGCGGACUGUGGCAGUAGUGAUCGGUCUGUUACCAGCGAUGAAGGAUCCAUGAAUGCAUUCACAGGAAGGGGGUCACCUGGUAGGGGUCAAAAGACUAAAGUCUGUACCACACCUUCAUCUGGUCAUGCUGCAUCUGUGAAGGAAUCAAGCAGCAGAUUGGCUGUUACAGACCCCACCCGGCCUGGUGCCACCGCCACCAAAAUCACCACUACCACCUCCACCUACAUAUCUGCCUCUACACUUAACGUUAACAAGAAAACCAAAGGGCUUAUUGAUGGCCUUACUAAGUUUUUUACACCAUCACCUGAUGGUCGCAGAUCACGAGGUGAAAUAAUAGACUUUUCAAAGCAUUAUCGUCCAAGGAAAAUGGCCUCUCAGAAACAAACAUGUACUUCUCAUGUGUUGGCUACAGGUACCACACAAAAGCUAAAACCUUCUUCACUCCCACCCCCAAACCCCAUCACUGGUCAGAGCCCCAGUUCACAAAAAUCCAGCACUUCCAUCUCUUCUAAUUCUCCCCAAAGUGCCUCCAGUCAGUCAAGCGCACCCUCCUUUAGCAGCCUUCCUAAUAACAGUCAGCUAAAGGGACUCUUUGAUGGACUUUCUCAUAUUUAUGCCACUCAGGGACAGUCACGAAAAAAGGGACACCCAAGUUAUGCACCGCCCAAGCGUUUGCGUCGUAAAGCACCGUUCUCUUCCACAUCCAAAUCUAAUACAGCUUUCUGUGGAAAGAAAGAGAUUAGAAGUAGGUUUAUUUCUCAUUCCUCCGCCUCUGGAUGGGGUAUGUCUAGAGGACAUGCUUUUAAAGCAAUUGCUCACUUCAAGCAAACAACUUGCCUUAAAAAGCGCAUGAUUCUAGGCAGAUUAAAGUAUAAAGUGACCCCUCAGAUGGGGACCCCCUCACCAGGGAAGGGGAGCUUGGCAGACGGAAGGAUUAAACCUGAUCAGGAUGAUGGUACAGAAAUCAAAAUAAGCAUCAAACAAGAAAACUCAGAUCUGUUUCUGGUGGGAAGCAAGGAUAUUGUAACAGAAGAAGAUUUGGAAAUGUUUAAGCAAGCCCAGGAACUAGCAAUGGAGAAGAUCGGUUGUAAAAAUGGUGGAGAAACAAAUGGACGGUACCCUUCUGUGAUUGAAUUUGGGAAGUAUGAAAUCCAGACUUGGUACUCCUCGCCUUACCCUCAAGAAUAUGCAAGACUAUCAAAGCUUUUCCUGUGUGAAUUUUGUCUUAAAUAUAUGAAGAGUAAAAAUAUUUUGCUAAGGCAUUCUAAGAAGUGUGGCUGGUUUCAUCCUCCAGCCAAUGAAAUCUACAGGAGGAAGGAACUUUCAGUCUUUGAGGUUGAUGGGAAUAUGAGCAAAAUUUAUUGCCAAAAUCUUUGCUUAUUAGCAAAGCUCUUUCUGGACCAUAAAACCUUAUAUUAUGAUGUUGAGCCAUUUCUUUUUUAUGUCCUCACCAAGAAUGAUGAGAAAGGGUGCCACUUAGUUGGAUACUUCUCAAAGGAGAAACUCUGCCAGCAGAAGUACAAUGUCUCCUGCAUAAUGAUUAUGCCCCAGUACCAAAGGCAAGGAUUUGGAAGGUUUCUCAUUGAUUUCAGUUAUUUGCUAUCUAGAAGAGAGGGACAAGCAGGAUCACCUGAAAAGCCACUCUCUGAUCUGGGUCGUGUCUCCUACUUGGCCUAUUGGAAAAGUGUUGUACUGGAAUAUCUUUACUGCCAUCACGAGAAACAGAUCAGCAUCAAAGGAAUGAGCCGAGCAACCGGGAUGUGUCCCCAUGACAUUGCCACCACCCUGCAGCAGCACAGCAUGAUAGACAGGAGAGAAGAAAAAUUUAUAGUAAUUAAAAGGGAAAAACUGAUUUCAAGUCACAUGGAGAAACUGAAAACCAAUCCACGCAUCAACGAAGUAGAUCCAGAAAGCUUGAGGUGGACCCCCCUUUUAGUUCCUAAUGCAGCAGUUUCUGAGGAAGAGAGAGAAGCUGAAAAAGAGGCUGAGCGACUGAUGGAACAAGCAAGCUGCUGGGAAAAAGAAGAGCAAGAGCUGUUUUCCACAAGAGCUAACAGACAAUUGUCAGCAAAAGUGCAGUCUAAAAACAAGUAUUUGCGAUCUCCAGAAAAUGUAUCAGUAAUAGUAGAGAAAGGGCAAUCCACAGAGGCACCAAAAGAAAGCAGUGGAGAUGAAGAGGAGGAGGAGGAGGAAGAAGAGGAAGAUGUAGAAGAGUGUAUGGAUGGACAUCAUCAAAAUUCUUCUCCCAGGCUGUCAAAAUUGCAGGUGCUUGCUGUGAAGAGAAAGAGACCUUUCGUAUUGAAAAAGAAAAGAGGUCGUAAACGCAGAAAGAUUAAUAGCAGUGUUACAACAGAGACCAUUUCUGAAACCACCGAAGUUCUGAAUGAGCCUUUUGAUAAGUCCGAAGAAGAGCAAUCCAUGACGCAAGUGGAAACCACUUUUGACAUGGAUGGGGGAAGUAAUGAAUUAAAGGCUGGUAUUCAAAAGGUGUUCCAGUCUCACUCUGAGGAGAGGGACGAAAAUGAACAAGAGGAAGAGGAACAAGAGAAAGACAAUCACAAUUACCAAAAUGAUACUCUAUGCAGAGCUAAUGCAGAAAAAGAUGCAGCCAUCCUGGAAGAAGUCAGUAAAGACAAUCCUCAGCCAAUAAUGUGUAAGCAAGGGUGGCCAAAAGGAAUGAAACAGUGUCCAUCCAAAUGGAGGCAAAGCAAAGAAAGAAAAACAGGUUUUAAGCUUAAUUUGUACACUCCGCCUGAGACUCCUAUGGAGCCUGACUAUCAGGUGAUGGGAGAAGAUUCAAAAGAACUGGCUGAAAGCAACUCGUCCCAAGAUUCUGCUGACAGAGAAGAAAUGAAACCCUCUGAAACCAUUUUGCCAUGUAAAAAUGAGGCAAGAGACUCGGUGUCUGAGUACUUGGAGCUAUGCAGAACAGAAAAAAACACGUUGCCGUGUGAAGAUGAGGCAAGCGACUCAGUAUCUGAGUAUUUGGAGCUAUGCAGAACAGAAAAACCAGAAGAGGAGGAAAAUAACACAGCAGAAGUGGAAAGUGUAAAUAGCCAGGAUAAAAACCAGCAAGAGGAAACUGAAAUGGAGAAAGAGGAGCCUGAGCAUUUGGAGCCUGAUGAAGAAGAAGAGGAGGAAAAAUCUCGUAAUGAGGAUCGUGAUGCUGAUGAUGAGGAUGAGAGCCACAUGUGUUCAGCAGAAGUGGAGACUCAGGAGGCAGCACCGGAAGGAGCACUCCAAGAAGUACUGGAGAAUCAGGAGUCUUUUUUAGAUGCAAAUGAACUGAAUGGAAAAUCAAAUCAGGAAGAUGCAAUAGACUGCAGAGAUGACCUUGCAAAUGAGUGCAACAGUGACCCUAAAGAGCUUCCUGCUGUUCUGGAGCCUGUUUCUGAAUUGAGUAAUGAAAAUACAGAAGAUAAAAAGCAAGUUGAAAAUAAGGAAUUAAAUUCUGCAUUCAAGGACACAAAUGCAGAAACCAUGGAAGCAGAUUCUGAAACAAUCCAAGCAGUAAAGUCUCUAACACAGGAAACAACAGAACAUGAAGAUGCAUUUCAGGAUUCUGCAGAGACUCAGGAGGCAUGUCAAAGCCUGCAGACAUAUACCAAUACUGAUGGAAAUCCCCAGAUAAGCACCUUGGAUGACUGUCAACAGUCUGAUCACAGUAGUCCUGGCUCAUCUGUACAGUCCCAUCCCAGCCAGUCAGUUCGUUCUGCUAAUAGUCCAAAUGUGCCUCCAUUGGAAACCAGUUACACUCAAAUCAGCCCUGAUCAAAAUGCUAUCUCUGUUCCAUCUCUGCAGAAUAUGGAAACCAGUCCCAUGAUGGAUGUUCCAUCCGUUUCUGACCAUUCUCAGCAGGUUGUUGACAGUGGAUUUAGUGAUCUAGGUAGCAUUGAGAGCACAACAGAGAACUAUGAGAACCCAAGCAGCUACGAUUCCACCAUGGGUAAUAGCAUCUGUACAAACAGCUCCUCACAAAACAGCUGCUCAUAUAGCAAUCUUACAUCGACUAACAUGACACAGAGCAGUUGUGCCGUGACCCAACAGAUGUCCAACAUGAACGGAAGCUGCAGCAUGAUGCAGAACACCAGCAUCAACUCUCCCCCUCCUUGUAAUGUGAAAUCUCCUCAAGGUUGCGUAAUUGAAAGGCCACCAAGUAGCAACCAGCAGCUUCCUCAGUGCAGCAUGGCUGCUAACUUUAGCCCACCGAUGCAGUUAAGUGAAAUUGCAGAGACUGGCAAUGCCAAUAUUGGCUUGUAUGAAAGAAUGGGCCAAGGUGAAUUUGCAGCGGGGCAUUAUCCACAGCCAUCUGCUACCUUCAGCCUUGCCAAACUGCAGCAGUUAACCAACACACUUAUGGACCAUUCGUUGCCUUACAGUCAUUCAGCUGCUGUUACUUCCUAUGCAAAUAGUGCCUCUUUGUCUGCUCCUCUCAGUAGCACGGGACUUGUUCAGCUUUCUCAGUCUCCUCAUCCAGUUCAAGUUGGAGGCCAAGUCCAGGCUACAAUGACUCCACCCCCUAACCUCACUCCUCCUCCCAUGAAUUUGCCACCUCCCCUUCUGCAGCGUAACAUGGCCACAUCCAAUAUUGGCCUGUCCCAUGCCCAAAGACUGCAAACCCAGAUGCCUGGGAAAGGUCAUGUUUCAGUAAGAACUAAGUCAGCACCUCUACCACCAGCUGCAUCAGCCCACCAGCCACAGAUCUAUGGGCGUGCCUCACAGACUGUGGCCAUGCAAGGGCCAGCACGCACCUUAACCAUGCAGCGUGGCAUGAACAUGAGUGUGAACUUAAUGCCAGCUCCAGCUUACAAUGUCAAUUCUGUGAACAUGAAUAUGAAUACCCUUAAUGCUAUGAAUGGGUAUAGUAUGUCCCAACCUAUGAUGAAUGGAGGCUACCAUGCAAAUCAUGGGUAUAUGAAUCAAACAGCCCAGUACCCUAUGCAGAUGCAAAUGGGAAUGAUGGGAAGUCAGCCAUAUGCACAACAACCAAUGCAGACUACCCCCCAUAGCAACAUGAUGUAUACUCCUCCAGCACAUCAUGGCUAUAUAAAUACUGGCAUGUCCAAGCAGUCUCUGAAUAGUUCUUAUAUGCGUAGGUAGGAUUGUGGGAUGGGGGUGGGGGUAUGGAGACAGUUGCCGUACCAAACUGGCAUGCUAGGAUUUGGCCUGCACAAAUCUAUGUUCUUUCAGAGAGUAUGAUUUCAAAACCAGCAAUUGGUGUGAAUACAAAAACAUUUGUUGACACCAUUUUAAAAAUGUAUGCAGCAGAAAGCCUUAUAUAAAUGUGUUCCCAUUUGUAAUUUACGUUCGUUUGCUUUUUUUGUUUUGUUUUGGUAUUAUUAAAGUUCUGUGAUGAAGAGAACUUCUUCAAUGUACUGCAAACAUGCAAAACAAACUGAUGGUUCACAGCCAUUUUUAUGUGCCUGCUCCCAUUUGAAAUGUGGGUCUUAGUUUUGGAGUAUAUCUGAUGUUGUGCUGGACUGUGAGCUUUCCUCCUGUUCUGACCUUCCUUCCCUCCUCCGCCAUGUAAAUGCCUUUUUGCAUUGCAUUCAUGAACUGUUUUGUUUCUCAAAUUGACACUUUUGCAUGCCGCUAAUGUCUUUGUUAGUGACUGUACAAGUACUGUACAAGUGUUGUGCUUAACAGUAAGCCAUUCUCUUAAUUUGCGUUGUGUUUUCUUUUUCCUUAGGGUUUUCUUUUUAUUUUGCCUUGCUUAGGCUGUUCCCAUUUUGGGUGGGGGUGGGGGUAAAAUUAUAUUUUUGUUAAUUAGAUUUUUAAAAUCUGGUUUUUUAAAAAAAAGAAGCUAUGAAAGCUAUUCCAGUUUUGAUUAGUUGAAACUUUUUGAGUGCAAUCCACUGGGAAAUUCCCCUGUGUACUACUGUGCUCUUGCACAAAUCUGAUUAAUGUCCAUGGAGCUGGCACAGAAGAGUCUCCUGAUGGAUUACACCCUUGAACAUUUGGUGUAAAGGUGGUAACAUAACAUAUAGAUACAAUCUGAUCUGACUGCAGAUAUUCCCCCCCCCCCUCCCGAGAAGGAAAAAGGCAGCUUAUUGUUCCUUUUUGUAAUGCAAACCUUUAUCGAUCGCCAGUUAAACAUACCAAUGUUCAACACGGUUUGGAACAUUUUCAUAUAUAUCCAAAUACUUGGCAGAAUUUUAAAAGUUUAGUGAGUUUGGUGUAAAGUUGCUAUUUUAUGGAAAUGCCUCUAACUUUACAUUUUCAUUCCAUCUGUAAAUUUUUCUAUCUUUAUAAAAUAUUGGAGUUAUUUUUUAAGAGAAGUACAUAGGGCAGUAGCUUGUGAAUAGCUCAAAUGAAACUUAAAGAGCGCAUGUAAAAAGCAGAAGGUAUGUGUGUCUGUUUAUAUGGCUUCUUAUUCUCCUUUUUUCUUUUUUCUUUUGGUAGCCUUUGUACCUGUACAGAGUUGACUGUAAAAGCCAAGUGGCUUGAUUCAUGUAUAAAAAUAGACCCAGUGACUUUCUCUUGUAUUUAUGGUACCUUUUUAGUCAGUCACUUAAAGCAAAAACAAGCUGUACAUUUUAACAUGAAAAUAAAUUAUGAUGAGCCAUUUUUAG